AUGGCGGCGGAUUCGGCGGCGGGAAAUGCGGGGAACGCGCAGGCGGAGCUUCCCGUUAUCUUCGUGUCGCACGGAUCGCCAAUGGCGGCGGUGGAAGAAGACGAAACGUCAGCCUUCUGGCAACGCCUCGGGAAACAGGUCGCCGCCUUACCAGGCAUUAAGGCCAUCCUCGUUAUAAGCGCGCACUGGGAGGCGGACGGGGCGGCAAUCCGGGUGAACAGUGCCACCCAGCCAGCCACUAUUCACGACUUUUACGGAUUUCCCAAGGAGCUGUACGCGUUACAGUAUCCUGUCAAGGGAUUGCCGGAGCUGGCACAGCGUGUAGUUGAGCUCCUCUCGGCCAAUCACAUUAGAGCUGAGCUGGACGCCUCCCACGGCCUUGAUCACGGCGCAUGGGUCCCGCUGCGCUGGAUGCUGCCACGUGGCAGCAUCCCAGUGGUCCAGAUGUCGUUGCACGGCGGCAGCAGUCGGCAAGUGGGGAACGCUAUAACGAGUAUGCAACGCCAUGUGGAGCUGGGUCGGGCUUUAAGGCCGCUCAGGAAGGAGGGUGUGCUGGUGCUGGCGAGUGGUGGUGCUGUGCAUAAUCUAAGAGAAGUUGGAUCGUACUUUGGGACCAAGAAGGUGGCAUCCUACGUGGCACCCUUUGAUUCGCUGCUGGAUGAUGCAAUCACCAAGGCCGAGUCAGAUCAAGACAUGCUCACCCGCCUCCUGGCGCUCUCCUCCCACCCUCUCCUGCCGAAGGCUCAUCCCAACAUCGAACACCUUCUCCCUCUCUACGUCGCUGCAGGUGCUGCCACUGGUGCCUCUAACGUCGAUUCCGCUCCAUAUCCCUCCCUCUGUCCUCUCCUGCCCUCCCUCCCUGCAGCUCUCUCCUCUCACCCUCUCCUGCCCAAGGCCCAUCCCACCAUCGAGCACCUUCUCCCUCUCUACGUGGCUGCUGGCCCAUCCCACCAUCGAGCACCACCUCCCUCUCUCAGUCACUUCACGCAUGACACUCAUUUUCCCCUCCCUCUCCCCUCGUCCUUCCCUCUCCCUUCUGCCCCCCCUGCAGCGCUCUCCUCCCACCCGCUCCUGCCCAAGGCCCAUCCCACCAUCGAGCACCUUCUCCCUCUCUACGUUGCUGCUGCACGGCACACAGGAGGCUGGGUGGUACUUGCAGCCUCUCCUCUCUCUCUUAACUUCAUCUCACUCCCUCUCCUCACCUCCGUUCCCACUCUCUCUCAUCACGCCCUCACUCACACACUCCUUUCACUCGCAGCACGGGGCACAGAAGGUCGGGCAGCAACUGCAGCCUCAACACAUGGCAGCAAAACACGUGCCUCCCCUCUGCACCACCUCACAGCCUGUCUGCACCUUCCUUCUCACUUCCUCUCCUCACCUCCUUUUCCACAUCACGGAUCACAGAAGGUCGGGCAGGUCUUGCAGCCUCAACACAUGGCAGCAAUACAUGUGCCUCCCCUCUGCACCACCUCACUGCCUGUCCGCACCAUCCUUCCCACCCCAAACCUCACCUUCCUUCCCACCCCAAACCUCACCUUCCUUCCCACCCCAAACCUCACCUUCCUUCCCACCCCAAACCUCACCUUCCUUCUCACCCCAAACCUCACCUUCCUUCCCACCCCAAACCUCACCUUCCUUCCCACCCCAAACCUCACCUUCCUUCCCACCCCAAACCUCACCUUCCUUCCCACCCCAAACCUCACCUUCCUUCCCACCCCAAACCUCACCUUCCUUCCCACCCCAAACCUCACCUUCCUUCCCACCCCAAACCUCACCUUCCUUCCCACCCCAAACCUCACCUUCCUUCCCACCCCAAACCUCACCUUCCUUCCCACCCCAAACCUCACCUUCCUUCCCACCCCGAACCUCACCUUCCUUCCCACCCCAAACCUCACCUUCCUUCCCACCCCGAACCUCACCUUCCUUCCCACCCCAAACCUCACCUUCCUUCCCACCCCAAACCUCACCUUCCUUCCCACCCCAAACCUCACCUUCCUUCCCACCCCAAACUUCACCUUCCUUCCCACCCCAAACCUCACCUUCCUUCCCACCCCAAACCUCACCUUCCUUCCCACCCCAAACCUCACCUUCCUUCCCACCCCAAACCUCACCUUCCUUCCCACCCCAAACCUCACCUUCCUUCCCACCCCAAACCUCACCUUCCUUCCCACCCCAAACCUCACCUUCCUUCCCACCCCAAACCUCACCUUCCUUCCCACCCCAAACCUCACCUUCCUUCCCACCCCAAACCUCACCUUCCUUCCCACCCCAAACCUCACCUUCCUUCCCACCCCAAACCUCACCUUCCUUCCCACCCCAAACCUCACCUUCCUUCCCACCCCAAACCUCACCUUCCUUCCCACCCCAAACCUCACCUUCCUUCCCACCCCAAACCUCACCUUCCUUCCCACCCCAAACCUCACCUUCCUUCCCACCCCAAACCUCACCUUCCUUCCCACCCCAAACCUCACCUUCCUUCCCACCCCAAACCUCACCUUCCUUCCCACCCCAAACCUCACCUUCCUUCCCACCCCAAACCUCACCUUCCUUCCCACCCCAAACCUCACCUUCCUUCCCAACCCAAUAUUCACUUUCCUUCCCAACCCAAACCUCACCUCCUUUCCCAUAGCACGGAGCACAGAAGCUACCACAUCGCACCCCAUAUUACCGCACCACAUCCCAUGUUAUCGCAUCACACCGCACACCACCACCACUCACAGGGCCGUCCCUGGUGGGGUGGGAAAAGGCAGGGGAGGGUGGAAGGAGAUGGGGAGAUGGGAGGCGGGGAGAUGGUAUCAGGGACUCCUGUGUGGAGAGGGAGGAGAUGGAGCGAGGGAUGGUGCCUGCAAGCUUGUUGCCUCGGAGGUCUCUAGUGGUUGUGGAGAGGCAGGAAAGGGGGAGGAUGGGAUGGGAGACAAAGGUAGAGGCCUGAGAGCAGACGGAGUAGGAAAUGGAGUGAGGGAUGGUGCCUGCAAGCUUGUUGCCUCGGAGGUCUCUAGUGGUUGUGGAGAGGCAGGAAAGGGGGAGGAUGGGAUGGGAGACAAAGGUAGAGGCCUGAGAGCAGACGGAGUAGGAAAUGGAGUGAGGGAUGGUGCCUGCAAGCUUGUUGCCUCGGAGGUCUCUAGUGGUUGUGGAGAGGCAGGAAAGGGGGAGGAUGGGAUGGGAGACAAAGGUAGAGGCCUGAGAGCAGACGGAGUAGGAAAUGGAGUGAGGGAUGGUGCCUGCAAGCUUGUUGCCUCGGAGGUCUCUAGUGGUUGUGGAGAGGCAGGAAAGGGGGAGGAUGGGAUGGGAGACAAAGGUAGAGGCCUGAGAGCAGACGGAGUAGGAAAUGGAGUGAGGGAUGGUGCCUGCAAGCUUGUUGCCUCGGAGGUCUCUAGUGGUUGUGGAGAGGCAGGAAAGGGGGAGGAUGGGAUGGGAGACAAAGGUAGAGGCCUGAGAGCAGACGGAGUAGGAAAUGGAGUGAGGGAUGGUGCCUGCAAGCUUGUUGCCUCGGAGGUCUCUAGUGGUUGUGGAGAGGCAGGAAAAGGGGUAGGAUGGAGAGAUAAGGAGAUGGGAGGCGGGGAGAUGGGAGGCAGGGAGAUGGGAGGCGGGGAGAUGGGAGGCGGGGAGAUGGGAGACGGGGAGAUGGGAGGCGGGGAGAUGGGAGGCGGGGAGAUGGGAGGCGGGGAGAUGGGAGGCGGGGAGAUGGGAGGCGGGGAGAUGGGAGGCGGAGAGAUGGGAGGCGGGGAGAUGGGAGGCGGGGAGAUGGGAGGCGGGGAGAUGGGAGGCGGGGAGAUGGGAGGCGGGGAGAUGGGAGGCGGGGAGAUGGGAGGCGGGGAGAUGGGAGGCGGGGAGAUGGGAGGCGGGGAGAUGGGAGGCGGGGAGAUGGGAGGCGGGGAGAUGGUAUCAGGGACUCCUGUGUGGAGAGGGAGGAGAUGGAGCGAGGGAUGCUGCCUGUGA